CCCCAGUGCCCCCCCUGCAGUGUCGCUGUAGCGAGCGCGUAGUAGUAGAAGUUUCGCGGUGCGCAAGGUGCAGGUUGGUCCGUUCCGUGCGCGUUGUUGGUGUUUUUUUGGGUCUCGCCCGCGAUCGCCAAGUUGAACAUUGGAAGUUGGAAUCUGUCCGGGCGUUGCGUGCACCGUUCAACACGCGCGCAGCUCUAUUCCACCGACCAUUGCGAGCGCGGAUUAGCGAUAGCGAGACGUUGCGGACGAGCUAGAAAAACGCGCUAACGGCGAAACCGAACAGUUGUGCACGAUCAUUGUCGUAGUUCGCGUGUGACGGCUCGCCUACUUUCUCCUAGCGACAACGAAACAUCCCAAGUGCUAACAAGAUGAACGCAAUACGGAUCGCCCUCUGCGUUGUCCUGCUCACAGGUUGUGCACUCGCCCAAAGCGACAAUAACCUCAACCUGGAUUCUGUGAAGCAACAAAUUCCCGGAUUGAAUAUCGACGAAGCCAGCUUGCCGAACAAGGAGGAAGUCGAGAAAGUCCUCAAGGAAAAAUGCGAGAAAAAUGGCGGAGCAGGCACUUAUGAAGAUAUUCUCGCUUCCAAAGAUAAAGUUCAGGAAUGUCUCACCAGUCACCUGAACCAAACGCAAAUCAUGGAGGAAUUGGAGGAGGCGAAGAAAGACGGCUCCAUGGAUGAUAUCUUCGGCAAAUACUGCAAGAAACGUGAGGAGAUUCUCAGCUGCGUGACCGAUGUCACCAAUAAGGUGGAAAAAUGCCUCGAACCAGUUGAAAAAGACAACAUGAAACUCGUCCUCAACAUAACGCAAAACCUCAUCGACUUCGUCUGCUUCAAGGACGGCGAUCGAUUGGCGAUGUUUGUCGCCGAGGGAGGUUUCGAGUGUCUGCAGUCUCAUAAAGAGGCGCUGCAGGACUGCGCCAAUAACACAAUCGCGCAACGUAUCCCCAAGGACUUGUCCAUUACCAACCUUCCGUUGUUAACCUUCAAGGGCGAAACCCAAUGCGCCGACAUGGCCGAGCUGCAGGAAUGCGCCGUGGUGGUGCUCGAGAAGUGCGAGAACAACACGCCGGCGAACAUAGUCGAGGCGUUGUUCAAGUUCAUCAAGAAGGUCAGCCCGUGCAAGGACUGGAAGCGCGGGGAGCCGAUGCCGCAGCGCAAGUCGCGCACGUCCGAAACGGCGAUCAGUGCUGCCAACUUCAACGUUCUCGACUCGCAGCAGAUUAUCGGAAAUAAGGUGAAGCGCAGUCAGUCCGUGGACUUCACGUCGGUGGACAACUUCCGCGACAAGUGCAACAAGUAUGCCGGACCUAGUGCUUUCAACGACUUAUCUCAAUCUGUGAACGAAACAAAACUUUGUAUCCAAACUUUACUGCGGCAACAAAAUGCUUGCGAAUUGCUGGUCAGCGAUGGCAAGAAGUGCGUUAGUCGCACGGCGAACAAAUUACGCGUUUGCCUGCCGCCGCAAGAGAGUUACCUGCCCGCGUUUGCGAUCGCGAGCGUUGACAACGGACUGGAUUACUUAUGCAAGAACAACGGAUACAACUACAAUCGCUUCCUCAGUGGUCUUCCUUGUAUGAUUUCCAGCCAAUAUGGCCACGAACUGAGUGCUUGCAUGGCCAACACCAAAACACGUAGAACUUCAAAUAAUCCCAUCGUUUCUAAAACGGAGUUAUGCGAGGAUAUGGAUAAAGUAAAGAUUUGCCUUUCGACAUACAUCUCAAACCGCUGUUCACAUAUGAGAGAUUUGAAGGAGGUGACGAUGGGCCUGCUGGAAGCUGUGAAAGAUCCGUGCGCCGGAUGCUCGAUAUACUCCAAUGGCAUUCUGCUACUCAGCGCGCUUGCGCUGUACUUGUACACGCGCAAUAACGCCUACAUUUCCGAGUAGACGCCGCUCUUUUUGCCCCGUCAUAGUUUGUUUCCGUGUUUCAACUGAUUACACUUUUCAUCCGAGCGAUUAUUCACACACUGCCACUUGGUUAAAGGUUUAAGCGAUUGCCGAAGAACAAACAUAAUAGCGAACUGUGUUAACAACUGUAGCGCGAGCGGAACAGUUACCAAAAAUGUCCAAAGAAAGAUGGCGGACGGCAGGCGGAACACACAAAACGGAACAAAAAUUUAACGUUUAACGACAAUGUAAAUAUGUUACACAUUAGCGCGUCCCUCGCUCGCCCGCUGUACAUAUGAUUCAUUUACGCAUUGAAUUUUCGUGUCGAAUACGCAUUCUUAGAGGCUGACACAGUGGUAGGCAACCGUAGAUGAGCAGUUAAACAAGUGUAACAAGUGGUAAUCACAUUAGAUCUGCAUAUUAGGCAACAUUAAUCAAAAUGUUCAUGAGUGAGACACACACACACAGAAAGGGGAAAUUGUUCAUAUACAUUGUUUAAACUUCUUUUUAUCAUGUUACAUCUUUUCAUUCCGGAGUGCGCGUUGACGUUAGGCAACUUUCAAUACACCGAUGGACAAUACCAGAGCAGCACGUGUCAAACACAUAAAACAAAAGUUGUCUAACGUUUUACAAGCACACAACAUGCUCGAUAGCCUUUUUCUCAUCAACAUUCGCGCAUCGUUUCGUCGCGUUUCGCGUAGAUAGCAAAUUUAACCGUACAAUGUUCGUGAAGUAAGUAACCGUAAACAGUUGUAUUUAAAUUAAGUAUUGACAAUUUCAAUCGUUACCAAUACGUACACCACACACAGCAAGACACAACACACAGAACAUACAUAAAAUCACAGAAACAAACAAAACAAAAUGGCUACCUGAACUUGUAAUAAAAACUAGGGAAUUAUUUGCGUCGCGCCCAGACUUUUCCAUUCUGUACGCCGUGCCAACAUGUUUCGGAACAAUUUAUGCUCGUUUUUCGAUGCGCAUUUUAUUCGCCACGCCAAAUUGAAUCCAGCUCAGACUUAACUUUUCGCCGCGGCGCGCAUAAUUCCCGUUUGUGAAAUGCUUGAGAAACACACGAAGUAUUUACGAUUUAAGGUGAACUAAUGGAUCAAACUAUGUUAAAAUAAUAACUAUCGAUAAGUAAAUGAAAUUUAACGAAGCUCUAGCAAGGUCGUCGUAGAAAACCACAAAAAAAUGAAGCAAAUAAUCGAACGAAUUGAAUUGAAAAGUUGAAAAUUUUAAAUUCUAUCAAAAUGUUUUGUUACCUUCGGACGCUCCACGUCUGCAUUGAAUUUUAUGAAUUAGAGUUUUAAAUUAUUGAGAAAAAUGAAAUGCAUUGAAUAACUAUUAGACUGUUCUAUAUACAGGAUGUUCGGCGAAAAUUGUACAUUUGAAAAAUGCACGAUUUUCGUCGAAGAUUCGAAUUUAUAUAUUUAAAUAUUUAAGAAUUGAUGAAAAAUUACCGUAUAUUAUAAAUAUAUAUUUAAACACUUCACUAUAGUGAAUGCGAAUGCGUACGCGAGAAAGAGAGGACAGAGUAGGAAUUAUUUUUGAACAUUUUAAGCAGAGCGACACAACGUAGCAGUGUAUCGAUAAAACGAUAAAUAAUGUUAGCCGUUUAACUAAGAUUUAACUAUUUAGAUGAGAAGAACUAAUAAUUGUGGUCUACCAAAAUACAUUUACACAUUAAAAUCCCGAAAGAAGCUUAGGAAAAGCAAAAAUCUAUUUAAUUAUAAGUUACAUUUACAGUUAGUUGCAGUUUUCAUACGAUUGAAUAAGCCUAUGUAAUAAUUAUAAUUGUAAUCAAGCACACACGUUAAUUAUGAUGGAACUGUGUGGAUAAAGUUGUGAGCUACUUUUAGUCAGAGAACUUCUGGUUGUGUUAGGUUAGGUGUUUAAAACUUUUAUUGUCUAGUUGAGUCUACUUAUUUUAAUUUGCUCAAAUUUUAUUUUUUGUUCUUUUUUUUUGUAAUGUUAAUUGUUAUGUGCACAGGUUCAGUAUUACUGCUUGAUUUCUAUUAAAUCUAUUGAAUACAAUUAACUAUGCAACCAUAAACACACUUUACACAUGAAAGACCAGUAUUGUAAAUACACACACGCAGACACACACACGACUAACGAAAACAGUAAAAUGGUACAAACGACUACAGAUAUUACAUGAAAUCCGAUGAUGUUGUGAUGAUAUUGUAAUGUGACGUUUUGUUUCGAAGGCGUAAGAGACCGUAAACUAAUAUAAUCAAAGAUAAUCGA